AUGGCCGCCCAAACAGACACCUCUGCGUCCCUGGCCGCGGCUUCGUCCGGAAUCACGCCCGAGACGUUAUCGCAGAAACUGCAAGCGACGCUGGACGCCACGCACGUCGCGAUCGAAGACAUGUCCGGCGGCUGCGGCCAGGCGUUCAACGCGAUCAUUGUGUCGCCGGCGUUCGAGGGCAAAGGCUUACUGGCGCGGCAUCGGCUGGUGAAUAGUGCGUUGAAGACGGAGAUUGCGGCCAUCCAUGCCUGGACGCCGAAAUGUUUGACGCCGGAACAGUGGGAGAAGGAGAAGCAAAAGAUGGGGGAGAUGUGA